AUGUCACGGCCAGGCCAGGGAGUGAUGUUGCCGGUGAGCGGGCUGGGCUUCCCACCGCAGAACGUGGCCCGGGUGGUGGUGUGGGAGUGGCUGAAUGAGCACAGCCGCUGGCGGCCCUACACGGCCACCGUGUGCCACCACAUUGAGAACGUGCUCAAGGAGGAUGCCCGGGGCUCCGUGGUCCUGGGACAAGUGGAUGCCCAGCUGGUGCCCUACAUCAUUGACCUUCAGUCCAUGCACCAGUUUCGCCAGGACACAGGCACCAUGCGGCCAGUGCGGCGCAAUUUCUACGACCCGUCGUCGGCGCCGGGCAAGGGCAUCGUGUGGGAGUGGGAGAACGACGGCGGCGCGUGGACGGCCUACGACAUGGACAUCUGCAUCACCAUCCAGAACGCCUACGAGAAGCAGCACCCGUGGCUCGACCUCUCGUCGCUCGGCUUCUGCUACCUCAUCUAUUUCAACAGCAUGUCGCAGAUGAACCGCCAGACGCGCCGGCGCCGCCGCCUGCGCCGCCGCCUGGACCUCGCCUACCCGCUCACCGUCGGCUCCAUCCCCAAAUCGCAGUCGUGGCCCGUGGGCGCCAGCUCCGGCCAGCCCUGCUCGUGCCAGCAGUGCCUGCUGGUCAACAGCACGCGCGCCGCUUCCAACGCCAUCCUGGCCUCGCAGCGCCGCAAGGCGCCCCCCGCGCCCCCGCCGCCCCAGCCGCCUCCGGGAGGGCCAGCGGGCACGCUCGCCGUGCGCCCCAGCGCCACCUUCGCCGGCGCCGCGCUCUGGGCCGCGCCCGCCGCCGGCCCCGCCGAGCCCGCGCAGCCCCCUGGCGCGCCCCCGCGGAGCCCGAGCGCCCCCGGCGGCGCACCCACCCCGGGGCAGAACAACCUCAACCGGCCCGGGCCCCAGCGCGCCACCAGCGUGAGCGCACGCGCCUCCAUCCCGCCGGGGGUCCCCGCGCUCCCAGUGAAGAACUUGAAUGGUACAGGGCCAGUCCACCCGGCCCUGGCAGGGAUGACUGGGAUCCUGCUCUGCGCCGCGGGGCUGCCCGUCUGCCUGACCCGGGCCCCCAAGCCCAUCCUGCACCCACCGCCGGUGAGCAAGAGCGACGUCAAGCCCGUGCCUGGCGUGCCCGGGGUGUGCCGCAAGACCAAGAAGAAGCACCUGAAGAAGAGUAAGAACCCUGAAGAUGUGGUUCGAAGGUACAUGCAGAAGGUGAAGAAUCCACCUGAUGAGGACUGCACCAUCUGCAUGGAGCGGCUGGUCACGGCCUCUGGCUACGAGGGCGUGCUUCGGCACAAGGGUGUGCGACCUGAGCUCGUGGGCCGCCUGGGCCGCUGUGGCCACAUGUACCACCUGCUGUGCCUCGUGGCCAUGUACUCCAAUGGCAACAAGGAUGGCAGCCUGCAGUGCCCCACCUGCAAGGCCAUCUAUGGGGAGAAGACGGGCACUCAGCCCCCCGGGAAGAUGGAGUUUCACCUCAUCCCUCACUCGCUGCCCGGUUUCGCUGACACCCAGACCAUCCGCAUCGUCUACGACAUCCCCACUGGCAUCCAGGGCCCUGAGCACCCCAACCCAGGCAAGAAGUUCACUGCAAGAGGCUUCCCACGCCACUGCUAUCUGCCCAACAACGAGAAGGGCCGGAAGGUGCUGAGGUUGCUCAUCACCGCCUGGGAACGGAGACUCAUCUUCACCAUAGGGACGUCCAACACCACAGGCGAGUCGGACACCGUGGUGUGGAAUGAGAUCCACCACAAGACCGAGUUUGGAUCCAACCUGACGGGCCAUGGCUACCCGGACGCUAGCUACCUAGACAACGUGCUGGCGGAGCUCACAGCCCAGGGUGUGUCUGAGGCUGUGGCCAAGGCCUGA